AUGGAAAAAGAACCACUGCUUCAGAAAGUAAGGAUUCAAGAAGACAUUGAAUCAGAUAAGAAGAUUCGUGUCAACGAAGGAGACUAUGACGGCCCCGUUACUUUAGUUUUGCUACUCACAACCUCCACUGCUCUCUGGGGGAUGUUCUCCUAUGGCACUGCCGCCGGCUUUACAUCACCAGCUCAAACCGGGAUUAUGGAAGGACUACAUCUCUCGUUGGCAGAGUUCUCAUUCUUUGGAUCCGUAUUAACAAUUGGUGGACUCGUGGGAGCCGCAUUAUCCGGAAGACUAGCCGAUCUUUAUGGUCGGAGAGGCGCGUUGUGGGUUUCAAACUCGUUUUGCAUAGUCGGCUGGCUUAUGAUCGCCUUCUCUCAGGCGACAUGGUCCCUUGAUGUCGGAAGAUUUUUUCUCGGGGUCGCAUCUGGCGUAACUUCUUACGUGGUACCAGUCUACAUUGUAGAAAUCGCACCCAAAAGAAUCAGGGGCGCGUUCUCUGCGGUUAGCUCGCUCGUGAUGUGUGCUAGCGUCUCCUUCACAUUCCUCGUUGGAUCAGUCAUUUCAUGGCAGAAAUUAGCUCUCUUAUGUACGGUUCCUUGUGUUUUAGAAUUCGCCGGUUUAUUCUUUAUACCGGAGUCUCCUAGGUGGCUGUCUAGAAAUGAUCGGGAUAAAGAAUCGGAAAGUGCACUCCAACGUCUACGAGGAAACAACACUGAUAUCACCAAAGAGGCUGCAGAAAUCAAAAAAUAUAUGGAAAAUCUUAAGGAAUUCAAAGAAGAUGGCUUUUCUGAGCUCUUCAAACCGCGAUAUUCUCGUGCCGUUAUUGUGGGAAUUGGAUUGCUAGUAUUGCAACAACUUGGAGGUCUUAGUGGCUAUACAUUUUACUUGAGCUCGAUUUUUUACAAAGCGGGGUUUCCUAACAACCUAGGAAUAAUGAUAGCGAGCGUGAUGCAAUUCACAAUGAGCAUUUUCGGAUUAAUAAUCGUUGAUAAAUAUGGGAGACGACCACUUCUAAUGGUUGCGACGGGCAUGAUGUGUUUGGGGUCAUUAAUCACAGGACUAUCGUUUUUGCUUCAGAGUUACGCUUUACUUGACAAUUUCACCCCGAUUUCAACAUUCAUCGGAGUGUUGGUGUUUCUAACUUCGAUCACAAUUGGAAUCGGAGGGAUUCCAUGGGUCAUGGUCUCUGAGAUGACACCGAUAAACAUAAAAGGGUCAUCAGGGACGCUAUGCAAUCUAACGAGCUGGUCCUCUAAUUGGUUCGUUGCUUACACUUUCAACUUUCUCUUCCAGUGGAGUUCUUCUGGUGUAUUUUUCAUAUAUUCAAUGAUAUCGGGUGUGGGCAUUCUAUUCGUGAUGAAAAUGGUACCAGAGACUCGAGGUCGUUCGCUCGAAGAUAUUCAAGCCGAUAUUACCAGAUAA